AUGGACCUUGUCUACAAUGCCUACGGUAAUCUGGGCACAGAAUCUAUUUUACCUCAUGUCUCUAUUCAUUGCUCCUACCUCUGUCUUUAUCUCGCGACGUGUCGACAUCAGCCAAUUAUCCUUCGAGAUUAUUUCACCGAUAUUCUGUGUCAACCGGUCCCUAUUUACAUCUAUUCCAGUCAAAUUAUCAGCAUCUAUCUACCAACAGUGAACUAUUUUCCCUCAGUAACAUCGAAGUCUUCAUUUAUCUAUAAAUCUCAUUCGAUCCGUAUAACUCACUCUGUUUAUUUCUCGUACUUUAGUCUCUCUCUCUAUACCCUCUGGUCCGUUAAUAUCCGACCACCGUCUUUAGAACUCUUUUAUAUAUUCUCUAUAUACGUUUCAACUUUUCUUUCUUUCCUUCUCUCCAAACGUCUUCAAUCCCCACCACCUUUUUGUUUCUCAAUCACUUUCUUCUUCUUUCCUGCAUCGACGGGGACACCGACCAUUUUCACUGGUGAGAAAUACACCCAUCUUUAUGACACCGUUUUUCCUGUAUUAUCUUCUUUCUUUCUUUUGCUUUCUCUAUCACUUCAUUCCCAAAUUCUUUUUCCUUCUUUUUUAUCCUGCACUCUCUCUCUCUCUCUCCGUUUUCAAUUUUCUUUUUCUUUUCUUCUUUUAUCUUUUGCUUUCUCUCUCUCUCUCUCUUUGACUCUCUCUCCCUCUUUCUUUCUCUCUCUUCUCUUUGAUUCUCUCUUUUUCUUUCUCCCCCUCCCUCCCUAUUUCUCUGAUUCUCUCUUUCUCUUUGUUUUCGGUAUUUCUUCUUUUACACUUUUUCCUUCUACGUUUUCUUCAUUUUUCAUUGGUUUCUCUGACUUUUCUUCCAUUGCUUUUCUCUUUACUCUCCUUUUCUCUUCUACCUAUCAUUUGUCUUUUUUUCUCUCCCCUCUGCCUUUUUUCGUUCUUUUUUUUUCUCUUCAUUCGCCGUUCCUUUCGUUCCCCUUUUCCUCCUUAUUUCUUCCCCCACAAUUUUCUUUUUUAGACUGUAUUCUUUUAUUCUUUGAUUUCUCUCUCUCUCUCCUUGACUCUCUCUCUCUGAUUCUUACUCUUUCUUUGUCUCCCUUGCUAUGA